AUGCCAAUCAGAAGAACCAUUGGGGAAACUACAACCGACAGCCCACCAGCGCAGAGCCCUUCAGAAAUGUCUUCUGUUGACGCUCCAGUCGUUGACACGCCCGUUGAAACUGCUGCAACUUUUAUUUCAGAGGAAUCUUUUCAGAAUGAUGAUAUUGUUAGUGGCAGCAGAAUCGAAUCCAAGUUUAUUAGUCAUUUGGAAAAUUACAAAAUUUUAGGUGCUGUUAUUGAACCAGCUGGAAACUUUUUGGCGCCAACUAUUGUGAGGAUUAGGGCUGCCACACCUGAAUCCGUUGCUUCUACCAUUAAAAGUGUGGAUGAACUUUUUGAUAGUAUGCUCACCGCUGUUGAUGCUACAAUUCUUCCGGACGUUUUGAAAAGGGUCCCAAACAGAAGAGUUUCAGAAAAUCAAUGA